GAGUCAACUCUGCCCCAAACCCUAGGGUGACCAGAAGGGAGCAGGUAGACAAACAGAUCUGAUCCCUCGUGGGUCUUCCAGCCAUGAGGCUCCUCUGGGGGCUGAUCUGGGCGUCCAGCUGCUUCGUCUUAUCGCUGCAGAAGCCCAGAUUGCUCCUGUUCUCUCCUUCUGUGGUUCGUCUGGGGGUCCCCCUCUCAGUGGGGGUGCUGCUCCAGGAUGCCCCCUCGGGACAGACAGUGAAAGGAUCUGUGUUCCUGAGAAACCCAAGCUAUAAAAAUACCCCCUGCUCUCCGAAAGCAGACUUCACCCUCAGCUCACAAAACAGCUUCGCACUCCUCAGCCUCCAGGUCCCUCUGAAACACGUGAAGAGCUGUGGUCUCCAGCACCUUCUCAGAGGCCCUGAGGUCCAGCUGGUGGCCCAGUCGCCAUGGCUGAAAGACUCUCUGUCCAAACUGACAAACAUCCAGGGCGUCAACCUGCUCUUCUCCUCUCGCCGGGGGCACAUCUUCCUGCAGACUGACCAGCCUAUCUAUAACCCUGGCCAGCGGGUCCGCUACCGAAUCUUUGCUCUGGAUCAAAAGAUGCGCCCCUCCGUGGAUGUCGUCACAGUCACAGUGGAGAACUCUCAGGGCUUUCUUGUGAAGAAGAAGGAAGUGUACGUCCGCUCAUUAAUCUUCCAGGACGACUUCGUAAUCCCAGACAUCUCAGAGCCAGGGACCUGGAGGAUCUCGGCCCGAUUCUCAGACAGCCUGGAAUCCAACAGCAGCACCCAGUUUGAGGUGAAGAAAUACGUCCUUCCCAACUUUGAGGUGAAGAUCACCCCCAGAAAGCCCUAUAUCCUGACGACAGCCGACUCUCUGGAUGAAAUCCAAUUGGACGUGCAGGCCAGGUACAUCUACGGGCAGCCAGUGCAGGGGGUGGCCUAUGUGCGCUUUGGGCUCCUGGGUGAGGAUGGUGAGAAGACUUUCCUUCGGGGGCUGGAGGCUCAGAACAAGCUGCUGGAUGGCCAGAGUCACAUUUCCCUCUCUAAGGAUGAGGUCCAGGGUGCACUGGGGAAGCUAAAUAUGACCAUUCCUGACCUCCUGGGGCUGCGUCUCUACGUCGCAGCAGCCAUCAUCGAGUCUCCAGGGGGUGACAUGGAGGAGGCAGAGCUCACUUCCUGGCGUUUUGUGUCAUCUCCCUUCUCCUUGGAUCUCAGCAGCACCAAGCGGCAUCUCGUGCCUGGGGCCCCCUUUCUGCUGCAGGCCCUGGUUCGAGAAGUGUCUGGCUCCCCAGCCACUGGCGUUCCUGUCAAAGUCUCUGCCACAUUUUCUUCUGGGUCUGUUUCUAAAACCCAAGACUUUGAGGAAAACACAGACGACAGCGGCCACGUCAGCAUUCCCAUCGUUGUCCCUCCGAGCACUGCAAGCCUGCAGCUCUUGGUGUCAGCAGGCUCCGGCAAGCCAGCCACGGCCAGGCUCACCGUGACAGCCCCGCCCCCAGGAAGCUCUGGAUUUCUGUCUAUCGAGCGUCUGGAUGCUCGACGCCCUCGUGUUGGGGACACUGUCACCCUGAACCUGCGAGCUGUGGGCGUCAGCGGGGAUGCCUCUGAUUACUACUACAUGAUCCUGUCCAGAGGAGAGAUUGUGUCAAUGAAUCGAGAGCCCAGGAGGACCCUGACUUCAGUUUCUGUGUUUGUGAGCCAGCACCUGGCUCCCUCUUUCCACGUUGUGGCCUUUUAUUAUCACAGAGGUCUCCCAGUGGCCAACUCACUGCGAGUGGACGUCCAGGCCACGGACUGUGAGGGCAAGCUGGAGCUGCAUGUGGACACUACCAAGGAGUACCGCAAUGGGGACACCAUGAAGCUCCACCUGAAGACCGACUCUCCUGCCCUGGUGGCGCUGGGGGCUGUGGACACAGCGCUGUAUGCGGUGGGCGGCAGGUCCCACAAGCCCCUUGACAUGACCAAGGUCUCUGAGGUUAUGAACAGCUACGACCUCGGCUGUGGUCCCGGGGGCGGGGAUGAUGUCCUUGAGGUGUUCCGGGCAGCUGGGCUGGCCUUUUCUGAUGGAGACCAAUUGACCUCAGUGAGAAGAAGCCUGAGCUGUCCCAAGAAGAAAACCAGGAAAAAGAGAAACGUGAACUUCCAAAAGGCAAUUAGCGAGAAGUUGGGCCAGUAUGCUUCCCUAGAAGCCAGGCGCUGCUGCCAGGAUGGGCUGACGCGGCUGCCCAUGGUGCGCUCCUGUGAGCAGCGCGCGGCCCGGGUGCCACAGCCGGCCUGUCGGGAGCCCUUCCUGUCCUGCUGCCAGUUUGCUGAGAGCCUGCGCAAGCAGCAGCGGGCCCAGGGCCGGGGGGGCUUUGCCCGAGCCCUGGAGAUGGUGCAGGAGGAGGACCUGAUUGACGAAGACGACAUCCCUGUGCGCAGCUUCUUCCCAGAGAACUGGCUCUGGAGAGUGGAAACGGUGGACGCUUCCAAAGUGCUGACACUGUUCCUCCCCGAUUCUCUGACCACGUGGGAGAUCCAUGGCGUGAGCUUGUCCAAAAGCACAGGCCUGUGCGUGGCCUCACCAGUGCAGCUCCGAGUGUUCCGCGAAUUCCACCUGCACCUGCGCCUGCCCGUCUCCGUGCGCCGCUUUGAGCAGCUGGAGCUGCGGCCGGUCCUCUACAACUACCUGAACAAGAACUUGACCGUGAGCGUCCACGUGUCCCCCGUGGAGGGGCUGUGCAUGGCCGGGGGCGGAGGACUGGCCCAGCAAGUGCUUGUGCCUGCGGGAUCUGCCCGGCCUGUUGCCUUCUCUGUGGUGCCCACGACAGCCGCUGCUGUGUCCCUGAAGGUGGUGGCCCGAGGGUCCUUCGACUUCCCUGUAGGGGAUGUAGUGUCCAAGAUCCUGCAAAUUGAGAAGGAAGGGGCCAUCCACAGGGAAGAGAUGGUUUAUGAACUGAACCCCCUAGACCACCGAGGCAGGACCUUGGAAAUUCCCGGCACAUCUGAUCCCAGUAUCAUCCCGGAUGGAGACUUCAGCAGCUUUGUCAGGGUUUCAGCCUCAGAUCCACUGGACACUUUGGGCUCCGACGGGGCCUUGUCCCCAGGAGGCGUGGCCUCCCUCCUGAGGCUUCCCCGGGGCUGCGGGGAACAAACCAUGAUCUACUUGGCUCCAACACUGGCUGCUUCCCGCUACUUGGACAAGACAGAGCAGUGGAGCACACUGCCCCCCGAGACUAAGGACCACGCUGUGGAUCUGAUCCAGAAAGGCUACAUGCGGAUCCAGCAGUUUCGGAAGUCAGACGGCUCCUAUGGGGCUUGGUUACACCGGGACAGCAGCACCUGGCUCACGGCCUUUGUGCUGAAGGUUCUGAGCCUGGCCCAGGAGCAAGUGGGUGGCUCACCUGAGAAGCUGCAGGAGACGGCCGGGUGGCUGCUCUCCCAGCAGCAGGCUGACGGCUCGUUCCUGGACCCCUGCCCAGUUAUCCACAGGGGCAUGCAGGGCGGCUUGGUGGGGAACGACGAGACUGUGGCCCUCACAGCCUUUGUGGUCAUUGCCCUUCACCACGGGCUGGCCGUGUUCCAGGACAAGGAUGCAGAGCUGUUGAAGCAGCGAGUGGACACCUCCAUCUCAAAGGCAAACUCAUUCUUGGGGGAGAAAGCAAGUGCUGGGCUUCUGGGUGCCCACGCAGCCGCCAUCACAGCCUAUGCCCUGACACUGACCAAGGCCUCCCAGGACCUGCAGGACGUUGCCCACAACAACCUCAUGGCCAUGGCCCAGGAGACUGGCGAUCACCUGUACUGGGGCUCGGUCCCUGGUUCUCAGAGCAAUGUCGUGUCACCCAGCCUGGCUCCUCACAGCCCAGCAGAGCCUGUGCCCCGGGCCCCGGCCAUAUGGAUAGAAACCACAGCCUACGCUCUGCUGCACAUACUACAUCGGGAGGGUGAGCCAGAGACGACUGUCCGGAUCGCAGACUGGCUCACUCAUCAGGGCGGCUUCGAGGGGGGAUUCCGCAGCACCCAGGACACAGUGGUUGCCCUGGAUGCCUUGUCCUUAUACUGGAUCGCUUCCCACACCACCGAGGAGAGGGGACUCAAUGUGACGCUCAGCUCCAUGGGCCACAGCGGAGUGAAGGCCCACCAACUGCAGCUGAACAACCGCCAGACGAAGGGGCUGGAAGAGCAGCUGCAGUUUUCCCUGGGCAGCAAUAUUAAAGUGCAGGUGGGAGGAAACAGCAAAGGGACCUUGAAGAUCCUUCGUGCCUACAAUGUCCUGGACAUGAAGAACACGACCUGCCGGGACCUCCAGAUUGAGGUGACAGUCACAGGCCACGUGGAGUACACGAUGGAAGCAAACGAGGACUACGAGGACUACGAGUAUGAUGAACGUCCAGCCAGGGACGACCCAGAUGCCCGUGGGCAGCCUGUGACACCCCUGCAGCUGUUUGAGGGGCGGAGGAACCGCCGGAGGAGGGAGGCGCCGAAGUUGGCCGAGGAGCAGGAAUCCAAAGUGCAGUACACCGUGUGCAUCCGGCGGAAUGGCAAGGUAGGGUUGUCUGGCAUGGCCAUCGCUGACAUCACGCUCCUGAGCGGAUUCCACGCACUGCAGGCUGACCUGGAGAAGCUGACCUCCCUCUCUGACCGUUACGUGAGUCACUUUGAGACGGAGGGGCCCCACGUCCUGCUGUACUUCGACUCGGUCCCCACGACCCGGGAGUGCGUGGGCUUCGGAGCUGUGCAGGAGGUGGCGGUGGGGCUGGUGCAGCCGGCCAGUGCAGCCCUGUAUGACUACUACAACCCCGAGCACAAGUGUUCUGUGUUCUAUGGGGCGCCGAGUAAGAGCAGGCUGUUGUCCACCUUGUGCUCUGCUGACGUCUGCCAGUGCGCUGAGGGGAAGUGCCCCCGCCAGCGCCGCGCCCUGGAGCGGGGCCUGCUGGAGGAGGACGGUUACAGGAUGAAGUUCGCCUGCUACUAUCCCCGCGUGGAGUACGGCUUCCAGGUUAAGGUCCUCCGAGAAGACAGCAGAGCAGCUUUCCGCCUCUUUGAGACCACCCUCACCCAAAUCCUGCACUUCACCAAGGACACCAAGGCCACUGCUGGCCAGAACCGUAACUUCCUGGUCCGGGCCUCCUGCCGCCUUCACUUGGAACCUGGGAAAGAGUAUUUGAUCAUGGGUCUGGACGGCGUGACCCAGGACCUCAAGGGAGAUCCCCAGUACCUGCUGGACUCGAACAGCUGGAUCGAGGAGAUGCCCUCAGAUCGCCUGUGCCGGAGCACCCGCCAGCGGGCAGCCUGCAACCAGCUCAACAACUUCCUCCAGGAGUACGGCACCCAGGGGUGCCAGGUGUGAGUGCCGCUCUCCCACCUCCCUAGGAGGAGGCCAGAGCUAGCGAAGGGGAUGCCAGGAAGUGCUGCUGCUCCUGGUCCUCGAACCCAGCCCCCUGGGGCAUAAUAAAGGCCUUUGGCACCAGUG